GUGUACGACUUCUUUUGCAUGGUCUUUGCUCCAACACCACAGUCAAAUCUUUGGAUUUGAAGGGAAAUAACCUGCGAACCGUGGGAGCUGAGGCUUUGGGAAAACUUCUUAGGCAGAACAAAUCAAUCCAGAGCCUAAUCUUGGAAUGGAACAGCCUUGGGGUGUGGGAGGAGGGCUUCUCCUUUUUCUGCCAAGGACUGGGAGCAAACAACUUUCUCCAGCGGCUAGAUCUGCGCAAUAACCAGAUUAACCAUCAAGGGGCCGGAGAGCUGGCUGUGGCACUGGAACAAAAUGCCAGCCUUCAGGAGCUGGAUUUGCGUUGGAAUAAUAUUGGGCUUCUGGGUGGCCGAGCUUUGCUGAACUGCCUGCACAGCAACAAGACCCUGAAGAGGCUGGAGCUGGCUGGGAAUAACGUUCCUAGUGACAUCCUGAAAGCUGUGCAACAAGCCAUGGAUCACAACCAAGACCGUCAGACUAUGCUAAGUGAGACCCAGAACAAAACGUACAUACUCAGCAAGGAGGUUUUGAGUCUGAAGGAGGAGAAGACCAAGCAGUUCUUGGAUUUGAUGGACACUAUAGACAAGCAGAGAGAAGAAAUAGCCAGGAGUGGCAGGGUGUCUGCAGCACGAGUCAGCCAGCUGCAGGAAGCACUGGAUGAGCAGCACUCUAUUAUGAAUUCACUGAAAGCCAAGCUGCAGAUGACUGAAGCUGCCCUGGCUCUGUCUGAGCAGAAGGUGCACAACUUGGGAGAGCUACUGAAUGCCAUAAAACAAGAACAAACCAGCAUGGCUGAGUGCCACUUUACGAAGCUCCAGCAGCAAAAGCAGGAAGGUGCUGAUCGGGAGGGCAAACUUUUGCGUGACUUGUCUGCUGCCAGUGAGAAAAAUCUGCUUCUAAGAAACCAGGUAGAUGCAUUGGAAAAGAAAUGCAAAGUUCAGCAGGAUCAGCUAUUCCAGGUAAAACAAGACUUGGCCAACAGAGCAGCAGAGCUGAAGCUGCAGGCUGUGCAGGCUGAGGAACGCCUCGAAAUGGAGAAGAGAAGAUUUAAACAAAGCCUUGAAGACAUGGAAUCCCUUCGAGUAAAAGAGGUGAAUCAUAUGACACAGCACAUUGAGGCCAGUGAACGUUCCAUGCAGGACAGGAUCCAGAGGCUAGAGGCCAUCAGGACAGCUCUGGAGGAGGAGCUGAGCCAAGUCAAAGCAGCUGCUCUCACUGAGCGAGGCCAGGCAGAGGAGGAAUUAAUAAAAGCCCGGAAUCAGGCACGGUUGGAGGUGCAGCAACGACUAGAACACCUAGAAGAGAAGCUGCGGCUGAUGACUGAGUCACGGGAUGAAGCUCAAAACUGCUGCCUUAAGCAAAAACAAAUGGUUGCAGAGGCCCAAGCCAAAGCCAAUCAGUUAAGCAUGCAUGCUGAUGGACUCAGAAGGCGGCUAGAGGAACUUCAGCAGGACCUGAACAGUAAGGAAGAGGAGAAAGUGACAGAAGUGAAUAAAGUGAAAGUGGAAUUACAGGAGCAGAUUGGACACCUGCAGGCUGAACGCACAGCACAGGAUGGGCUGAGAGAGAAGAUUGCAGCCCUGGAGAGACAGCUGAAAGCCUUAUCAAGUAAUCACCGCGAGGCACUGCUGGACAAAGAAGGUGAAAUCUCUAUGCUGCUGGAAAAGCUGAGAAUGAAAGAGGCUGACAUCUCCAGGAUGAGAGAAGAAGAGGCCCAGCGAGCAAGUUUCUUGCAGAAUGCCAUCAUAGCAUAUGUGCAGGGCUCCCCCUUGGGAACCCACAGUUCUAGGAAAUGAGAGUGUGGCUUAAAGAAUCCAGGUACCUGCUGUCAGGAAGAGGGAAGAGGGUGAGCAACUCGGGUACAGCCCC